GUUAAAGCUGGAUUCCACAUAAUAUAUUAAUAUGUACAUGCUAUAUAUACAGGCACAGAGGUGCACUUUCUUCAAACAAAAGUCUCACAUUCUCCAAAACUAGGAACAAAACCAUGGAGGUUGAAACACCAGUGAGCACAACUAUUCUAAACAAUGGUGAUAUCCCAGAUAAAGAAGAAGAUGAUGAGAUAUCACCUAUAGAGCAAGUCCUCUUAACCGUGCCCACAACAGACGACCCGACCCUACCCGUAUGGACUUUCCGGAUGUGGGUCUUGGGCUUAAUCUCCUGUGUCAUGCUCUCUUUUCUUAACCAGUUCUUUUCUUACAGGAGAGAGCCACUCAUCAUAUCUCAGAUCACCGUCCAGGUGGCCACGCUGCCCAUCGGACGGUUCAUGGCGGCCGUCAUACCCAUGACUCAGUUCCGGAUACCCGGGUUCGGGUCGAGGGUGUUCUCGUUGAACCCGGGUCCGUUUAACAUGAAGGAGCAUGUGCUUAUUACGAUAUUUGCUAAUGCUGGGAGUGCUUUUGGGAAUGGCUCGGCUUAUGCUGUGGGGAUUGUGAAUAUUAUCGAAGCUUUUUAUCAGAGGAAGAUUCAUUUUAUGGCUGCAUGGCUUCUUAUUAUCACUACUCAGGUAUUGGGAUAUGGAUGGGCGGGUUUACUGAGGAAAUAUGUGGUGGAACCAGCACACAUGUGGUGGCCUAACACUCUUGUCCAAAUCUCGCUAUUCCGCGCACUGCACGAGCGAGAUGAUGCAGAACUCCUCAAAGAAAACGGCGAGGCUCCCCGUCCAGGAAUCUCACGUUCAAAAUUCUUCGUGAUCGCGCUAGGUUGCAGUUUCUGCUGGUACCUGGUCCCUAACUACUUGUUCCAGACACUGCAAAGCGUCUCAUGGGUGUGCUGGGCUUAUCCCAACUCUGUAACAGCGCACCAGCUUGGUUCGGGUUUCAGUGGUCUAGGAAUCGGAGCGUUUACUCUGGAUUGGUCCGCGGUGGCAUCCUACUUGGGGAGUCCUCUCAUUACUCCGUUCUUUGCCAUUGUCAAUGUUUUCAUCGGCUAUACAUUGUUUGUCUAUGUUGUCAUUCCUCUGUCGUACUGGGGACUUAAUGCCUACAGUGCCCAGACGUUUCCUAUUUUCUCGUCGCAGUUGUUCACUGGAGAAGGUCAGUUGUAUAACAUAACUAAAAUUGUUGACAAGAGUUUUGAGUUGGACAAGGGGGAGUACGCGAAGCAGGGGAGAAUCAAUCUGAGUACUUUCUUUGCUAUUGCUUAUGGAAUCGGAUUUGCUGCCAUUGCAUCCACUCUUACACACGUUGGCCUUUUCUACGGAAGGGAGAUUUAUGCUCGUUACCGAGCUUCUAGGAAGGAGAAAAUGGAUGUUCACACAAGACUAAUGAAGAACUACGAAGAUAUUCCUUCGUGGUGGUUUCACGUGCUUCUUGCUGUGACAUUGCUCGUCUCUCUCUCGCUCACUGUCUUUAUGAAGAAAGACAUCCAGAUGCCUUAUUGGGGUCUUAUCUUUGCCGCUUUCUUAGCUUUCAUGUUCACCCUUCCGAUUAGCAUAAUUACUGCAACUACUAACCAGACACCGGGUCUGAAUAUCAUCACUGAGUAUAUAAUGGGGCUGAUUUAUGUCGGAAGGCCAAUAGCCAAUGUCUGUUUCAAGACGUAUGGAUAUAUGAGCAUGACUCAAGCAAUCUCCUUCCUAAGCGAUUUCAAGUUGGGUCACUACAUGAAGAUCCCUCCACGGUCCAUGUUCCUAGUUCAGUUCCUCGGAACAAUUAUAGCAGGAACUGUUAAUCUAAGUGUAGCAUGGUGGUUAUUGCACUCAAUUGACCACAUAUGUCAAAUAGAUAAACUUCCAUCAAACAGCCCGUGGAUAUGUCCCAACGAUCGUGUCUUCUUUGAUGCAUCUGUAAUCUGGGGACUGGUAGGCCCCAGGCGGAUCUUCGGACCUUAUGGCAACUACGGAGCACUCAAUUGGUUCUUCCUAGGAGGACUUAUGGGACCUGUUAUAGUAUGGAUAUUUCACAAGGCAUUCCCUAAGCAAACCUGGAUCCCUCUCAUCAAUCUUCCAGUCCUCCUCGGUGCAACUGCUGCAAUGCCGCCUGCCACAGCAUUGAACUACAAUUCUUGGAUUCUAAUUGGUACAAUCUUUAACUUCUUCGUGUUCAGAUAUAGAAAGAAAUGGUGGCAGAAGUAUAACUACAUUCUCUCGGCUGCUCUCGAUGCUGGGGUGGCUUUUAUGGCGGUUCUGCUAUACUUCAGCGUAAAUAUGGAGGGGAGGGGAAUAUACUGGUGGGGUACGGAUAACCCGGAGCACUGCGAUUUGGCUACUUGUCCAACGGCCAAGGGUGUAAUUGUGGAUGGUUGUCCUACUUUUUGAUGUAAUCUACAACCAAACCACAGUAUUUUCUAUGAUCUCAAUCUCACAAGUCAUAAUAGAAGUGGUUUUGAGAAGUCAAGAAGACGGUUGUAUACAUAUGCUUCAGAAUUAUGAUACUACAACUGUAGCUAUUGUUUCCCAGUCAGUGACCUUGUAUUUGUGCUUUUUCCGAUUGCAAUUGAUGUGUCAUUUGCCUCUGU